AUGCCUAUAUUCCAUUAUCCGGAAAGAUCUACUACGCCUCCAGACAGACUCGUCAACAGUGAAACCGGAAAUCAGAGGGAUUAUCCAACUGUCUUAAAAUGGAAGAAAGACCAGUUCAAAGAAAUUCACACAGGCGAAUCUUCGCCUCAAAACAGCUCGGCAUAUGAUACUAAAUUCUUGCCACCAAGGCCCAGAAGCCGAGAGGAGCUUAUACAGUCUAUCAAGCGCGGAGAAAGUCCCACAUGGGCGCAUCAGAAUUCAGGAAGAAAACCUACAAACCAAGCGACUCGGUCAAACUUAUCGCUAGAGUUUGAGAAGAAGUAUGACUCGACAUCAGACAUGGACAAUGUCCGGCCUCAUGUAUCCGGAGUUGAUGAGAGAUCUGAGCUAGCGAGUCCAUCCGAAAUUGAGCGUCCACGCUCUGCAUUACAUUCCGGCGACUUCAGGGAGGGUGCUGCUCAAAAUCAGGAAACAAAAUUUCCGGACUUUGGCGGGUAUAAUAGUUCACCACAACCUCCUUCAUUCAAACGAUAUGGCUCUUCGCCGACUACUCCAUGGUUCAAUCAUGUGACCUCUGUGAGGCACACAUCCCGAGACGCUGAAGCAAGCCCGUUGAGCGGGCAGCAUGCCAGAAGUGUACUAGGUGCAAGAUCUCGGGCACCCUCUUUAGGAUCUUUCUCGUCGAGUUACGUCCUUAAAGCCCCGACCAGUCCUCUGGUAAAUCAAGCAAACAAUACCGAUUUAGAUUUCUCGACAAAGCGUGAGUUUACCGAUGAUUUCGCAAAGAGCAUCAAGAAAAGUCGUCGGCGAACGCUGCCGCCAGAGACGUUCAUGCAGCUACGUAACUCGCCACCUAAUCAAUUGCGAAUUUCCAACUUGAGUAGGUCCUUUGCUUCGGCUCACGGCAGCGAAGAUUCCCGCCUUCAGGCCUAUCAGCCACAUCGGUCAUCGUUCUAUAGCCUUCAGCCUGCAUCGUCAUCGCCACAAACGCCCUUUCGGUUACGCAGGCCAUCCCUUGCAUCAGACUCAUCUCCUCGCAUACAUGCAUCAAUGGUUGGCUCAUAUGAAGAGUCCAUCUUGCGUGGCAGAAUGUCAACAACUCCAUCACAACCUCUGGACUUUACCGCACAAAUUGGAGUCUUGGGCAGGGGCAAAUGUAAAUCUAAUCUGAGAUGCCCGCCACAUAUCACUGUACCCUUUCCCGCUGUUUUCUACAGCUAUCCAUCAUCCGGACCUGGCCGUACCAUCUCCGACGACAGUCCUAGCCCUUACGUUGGGUUGAUCGAUCUUCAGAAUGCACAACUUCGCGAUGCUCCCAGCAAGCGAUCUCGUGCGCAAAAAACGCCCACUUAUGACAAUAGUGGUUCAAGCACGCCCAUACCUAGCCCCGACUGCAACGAGCACCAGAGGCGUGAGAAGCGUUCCGUACGUUCCGAAGCAGUGAAGGCUCCUCCGGGAGGCUCUUAUCGCAUUCCCCAACGUGGUCAGCUGCAAAUUGUGAUCAAAAAUCCCAACAAGACAGCCGUCAAACUAUUCUUGGUGCCAUACGAUCUCGACGAUAUGGAAUCCGGCACCAAAACAUUCAUCAGGCAGCGCAGUUACUCUGCAGGUCCUAUCAUCGACAUGCCCUUGACGGCACGAAGGAAUUUAGGGACUGACCGUCCCGAAGCCUCGCUCAAUCCAACAAGUGACCCGAAAGAUAAGCCUACUUUGAGAUAUCUCAUUCAUCUCAACAUCUGCUGCCCAAGUAAGGGUCGCUUUUACCUCUAUUCGACUAUCCGUGUUGUCUUUGCGAAUAGAGUGCCUGACGGGAAAGAGAAAUUGCGAAAUGAGAUUCAGCAUCCGGAGCCUCGAUAUAGUCCUUACAAGCCUUUGAAGGACUCGAAUAACUCUUCUAGCAAUUUAUCAGCGAUCGACAAAGGCCAUUGGAGACGAAGCACUGGUGUUGGUUUCGCCAGCAGUCAGUUCUUCGAUGACAAGCUCUAUCCUGAUGCACCUGCACCCUCGAAUCACAAGCAAGUACAGCCAGUACCAUUCAGGCUCAGCAUCUCCAACGCUCGAGAACCGUCUACAAAUGACGCCGGCCCAUCUUUAUUCUCGAAUAACGAUAUCUGGCGGACAGGAAACUCUUCCACCAAACGUUCACUAUCCGAUGAGAUGUCACUCGAUUCUCCUCUACCACCCAAAUCUGCAGACCUCGGCGACAUUAUCGACGAUGACGCAGAAAUGAACAACGACUGCGAGAAAUAUGGCAAUUACCACCAACUCGCUACCUCUCCUACGAGCUAUUCCAGUGUUGGCGAAAGUCUCUUAGCUCAGAGGCUUAGAGAUUGGAGUUGUAGUAACGAACAAACCUCAGAUUCUCAAUAA